UUGGGUGCAAAACAACCAAUCAAAACUCAAAUUUAUGUAUUGACGUCAAUUAAUGAAAGCGUCUUAUAAACUAUCAUACGUUUCAUACCUCGUGCUAAACUUUUAUGUGCUUCGAUGAGAAAAGCUUCAGUAAUGUAAGUAUUAGAACAAUUUUUCGUAGUUGUUUUGUGACGAGUUGAGAAUGAUUUUCUUUCUUGUGUAAAUCACAACUAAAAACAUUUCAUUGAAGCUCGAUUCAUUUAAAACGAAAGUAACGCGCAAUUAGUCGGGUUUAUAGUUAGUCUCAUUUGUUGGAAACGAAAGAAUAUUUCACUAGUGUGUUGUCUACGUUAUAAUUACGAUGAAUUGAACAGGGCUAUCGUGAUAUGAAAAAGCUGUACUAACUGAAAUUUUGGGUGUGAAAAAUAAAAUGAAAUGUUGGUCAUUUCGUGAAUUAAAUAAUUUAUUCGGUACGAAAUAAAGCUGGCCGAAUAAUUACAGGUGAUUGCCAUAAAUCUGCCUAAGACUUUGUAAGAGCUAAACUCUCUUGGGACACCUUAGAGGCAAGGAAAAAAGCACAAUUAGAAAAUUUAAUGUUACAAAUAAUAAAAGGUAAUACUACAGAUUAUCUUCGACAGUUUUUCUCAAUACGUACUAAUGUAAAGUAUGAUUAGCGAAAUGACAAUCGCGUUCUCAACUUGCCAAGUGCACAUUUCAAAAUAUGUUUUUUUCAGGUAUUUCAAGAGCUGUGUAAUUGACCACAAUGGUGGUACGAUAAUUUUGAACGACACAGGAGUCAAGCUGAUUGUACCUCAAGAUGCCAUUAAUGUUGGUGAUUCUAAGACUGUUUACAUUGGUUUAUUGGAUAACGAAGAAUACAAACCAAAAAAUUUAAAGGAUGGAGAAAGUUUGCUUUCUCAUGUUGUUGCUUGUGGUCCUCGUGGGUUUAUUUUCAACCUUCCCGUCAUGCUUGUAUUACCUCACAGUGUUGUUAAGUUUGAUGACGAUAACAUGAAGGAGGAUUUUAGAGUCCUGUGUAGCCAUACAUCCCCAUGUGAUCCUCCAGAUUGGAAAGAUGUUUUCAAUAACAAGAAAGAGACAAAGAAUGAUGACAUAUUCUGUUCCAUGGGAAGCAGUUAUUUCAAACUUUAUGUGAACCAUUUUUCGUGGUACACAAUUUCCGGUAAAGUAAAGGCUAAAAAGUUCAACGUAGUUGCAUAUCGCACCUUUCUCCAUCAACCCAAAGAAGAUUUUACUGUGAGGUUGUACCUCGUUCCAAGUCUUUCAGGUUCAUUGGUAGCGCAGAAGAAAAUUGAAAGCGACGAAGAAAAGUUGAAAGAGGCUCUAUGUGACGGUACUAAGCUGAUGAUUUUUUAUAAGAAAGGUGGUAAUCUCACAAUUGAUGUUCGUGACUUAACUGAAGGAUGGAAAUCAUCACGUGGUAUUACACAAAGCCAGAGUUACAACACCUGCACAGCAUGCGAAACGAAUGCUCUAUGCACUACCUUUCCAUUUGAGCAACUGUUUGAGCAGCAACCAGAUAGAAUCUCGUGUGAUUUUAUCAUAAGACAAGAAAAAUGCAAGCAUGAUUCAUCAGUGGCUGUAAAUUUGUCAGUAACAUUUGAAGCUGAGAGAAAAAGACUUGAAAUGAGUAACCAACCAAAACAACAGACGGAAAAUGCACAAUGUUAUGAUUCACUGUUCAUUUCGUACGAUCUUGAGACAAAAUUGAAACAAAAGUUAGAUCAAAAUUCACCAAUUCUUCAAAACUGGAAAAACCUUGCUAACCAUUUAGGCUUCAAUCGAAAUGAUAUAGAACAUUUGGCUUCCCUUCAAUCUCAUCAUCCUUUAGUCACUAGUCCCACAGUUUUAGUUCUCAAAGAAUGGCAAUGCAAUGUUGGAAUGUCGCCGGUAGAUGCUCUGAAACAUCUCAAAGAAAUCUUUGAGAAAAUGGAAAGAAAGGAUCUUGGCGACAUGAUAGAGAUGUAUCUGGUAAAUGAAUUUAGCAACCCUUCCAUUCCUAGCUACAACCAUAUGACUUUCUUCUCGCUGGCGAAACAUCGUUUUCAACCAAUUACGGAAGAUAAGGCAAUUGAAACGCUUCCAUUCUUACAGGCUUGUCGCGAAAUCGUUCCUUUUUUUGAUAUUCUUGGACCAACAGCAUUUGCUCCUGUUAAAAGUGACAUCAAUGAUAACAUAGAGAAAUUGUCCAAAAAGUAUCAAGAAGAUACAGUGAAGUACAAAAUUCUUCAAGAUAUGGCUCGUAGUGAAAUGGAUGCCGGAACUAAGAAGGCUAAAAAAUCAUCCACAGAUGCUCUUCUCUGGUUGAAAAGGGCACUUUCAUUUAUUCUGGUGUUUCUUGAAGAGGUUCUCACUGGAGAACAAGAUCUUACCAAGUGUGCGAAAAAGGCAUACGAGUCAACUUUGAAGAAAUAUCAUGGAUGGAUGGUUCAAAGUAUAUUCUCGUUAGCUAUGAAAGCUGUUCCUUAUCGAAAAGAUUUCAUUAAGAAAUUGGGGAAUGGUCGUGACGAAAAUGAUGUGUUGACAGAGAUGAGGGUAUUUGUGAACGAACUUAAAUCUACUUUCGACGUAAUAACUGGAUUCUAUUCUGACUCUGGGCUAGAGGAUGCGAGUAAAGUGUAAAAUAACUCAAAUGCCUGGAAAUAAUGCUGUAAACAGGUUUUGGGGACAUUUCAGGAAGAUCUGGGUCAAUGAAUCAAAUAUAAUAAAAAAUUGAUUUGUGUUAA